AUGAAAAAUCUCCUUUUAUUGAUACUUUUAGUAUCAUUAAUAUUUCCAUUUAAUAUUACGGCACAGACUAUAGAUAUAACAAAGGCUCAGACCACAGUAAUUACUACAGUUAGGACCAUAGAAAUAACCACAGAUAUAAACACAGCUAAGACCACUGCUAUAGCCACAGCUAAAACUACAGCUAAAACCACGGCUAUAACCACACCUAAGACCACAGCCAAAACCACCGCUAAAACCACGGCUAAAACUACGGCUAAAACCACGGCUAUAACCACACCUAAGACCACAGCCAAAACCACCGCUAAAACCACGACCACAGCUAUAACCACAGCUAAGACAACAGCUAAAACCACAGCUAUAACCACAGCCAAGACCACUGCUAUAACCACAGCUAAGACCACCGCCAAAACCACAGCUAAGACAACAGCUAAAACCACAGCUAAAACCACAGCUAAGACAACAACUAAAACCACAGCUAUAACUACAGUUAAAACCACAGCUAAAACCACAGCUAAAACCACGGCUAUAACCACAGCUAAAACUACGGCUAUAACCACAGCUAAGACCACUACUCAAACUGCAACUACAGCCACUACUCAAGCUGCAACUACUACUCAAUCUGCAACCACAGCCACUACUCAAGCUACAACCACUGCUCAAGCUACAACCACUCAAGCUGCAACCACUACUCAAGCUGCAACCACUACUCAAGCUACAACCACUGUUCAAGCUGCAACCACUACUCAAGCUGCAACCACUACUCAAGCUACAACCACUGUUCAAGCUACAACCACUCAAGCUGCAACCACUACUCAAGCUGCAACCACUACUCAAGUUGCAACCACUACUCAAGCUGCAACCACUACUCAAGUUGCAACCACUACUCAAGCUGUAACUACUGCUCAAGCUACAACCACUACUCAAGCUGUAACUACUGCUCAAGCUACAACCACUACUCAAGCUACAACUACUACUCAAGCUCCAACUACUACUCAAGCUCCAACCACUACUCAAGCUGCAACCGCAACAACUACUCAAGCUCCAAAGGCUACCCCGUAUACUUUUGUUUUGACCGACUGUAAUAAUUUGGAUGUAAUUCAAACUGUUACAAUAACUAACGGUGAAACAUGUAACUUUACCAAUCUUGUCUCUGAUUCAAGAUCUCUUACAUGUACGAAAGAUAAUAAUAAAAAUCUUUGGACAAUCACCAUAAAUGCAUGUGACUUUGGGUGUAUUUAUACAUGGACGUUUAGUGAGAAUGAUAUAUUGAAUAAAAUUCGAAGAUCUAUGGCUAGAGAUGGUCGAUGGGAUGGCUGGAAUAAAAUUUCCGACUCUAGACAAACUUGUGAUAAUACCACUGAAAGCUUUGGCAAUAUUCCUGUACGAUUUACUAUAGAUCAGCCAAAAGAAUUUACUAUUUCACUUUCAACUUAUUUUUUUGAAGAACAUAAGAAUAUGUACAUUUUUCAAUACGUUGAUUUUGCAUGUAAUAUUUUCUCCCCGAUUACAUUUUCUACAUGUAAAUGCGAUCCAAAUCAUGCUUCUUGUGUCCUUACUCUAAAAGAUUAUGAUGAUAGUUAUAUAGUUAACGUAGAAAUAUUCUCUUUUACAAUAACAUCUCCAAGUGAUACUCGUAUAAAAGAAAUUAAGCUUAUUCCUGGACUUCCAAGUAAUUAUCACUUUCGCGUUAAUAUGCAAUGUGGUAAUUUGUUAACUACAAUAUAUAGGAUUCAGGAUGCUUGCUUUGUUAUGACAUUUAGAGAUAAAAGGUUUAGUGGGGUUAUUAGUGCAGAUUCAGCUGUUAAUAAAAGAUUCUUUAGAGAGAAAUGUACUUGUAAUAAUGAUAAUAUCAAAGUUGAGAUAGUCGAAUGCUCUCAUAACUGUAUAAGCACAUUUGAUUUCAACCCGAAUAACUUAAAAAAUAUUGAUAAUGUCAAUCGAAUUUGCGAUGGUAUAGCCGAAAGUAAAAAUGAAAAAGCGACAGAUUUAGAAUUUUUUCCCCACAUUGUAACGUAUAAAGUAACAGAAAUUGCUCUUAAUUGUUACUAUGGCAUUAAUGUAGUAACCAAUCAAUUGAUGUUACCUAUAAGAACUAUGUCUGGAUGUGUUGAUUCUUAUGUUAUAAAUAGAUUUCAAAAUUUUAAACCCUUUAGAAAUCAAUUAAAGAUUGCUGAAAAACCUAAUUAUGAUUGCAAUUUACUUCCUAAAGAAGUACAAAAUCUUUGUUUUAGUUAUGAGAAUUAUAUUUUUAAUGCUAAUAAUCACUUCCGAGGUCUUAAUGAUGCAUUGCUUGCUGCAGGAAAUCAAUUUACCGGCAUGGUUACUGAUCUUACCGUUGAUCCAGGAGCUAUAGAUAAUAGUGCUCAACCUCUGAAUGUAGCUGGUAUUUUAUCUGUGAUGAGUGGAAUUUUGAAAAUACCAGCAGGACAAGGGACUGGUUUUGGGCAUUUUGGAGCGGGUAGAGCUAAUGUUUAUUUUGGUUACUUACAUAUAGCAGCAACUGUUCUUGAUUUAGUUGUUGCAAUAUUGACAGCUCCCCAACCUCCAUCAGGGUUAUUAUCUCCUGUUGCUUUUGGAAAGUAUUCAGGAAUGUUUGAGGAGGUAGCAAAUGAAUUGACAGGCCACACAAGUGAAGCAAUAAGGAUAACUGAUUGUUUGGAUUGUAAAGAUUCCUUAUUAAUAGAUCAAACGUUGGAUGCCUUAGUAGAUUACACAAAUAAUCCAGAAGAAGAUAUACCUGCAAUCAAAAAUGAUUACUUACCUAUAUUAAAAAAAUACUUGAUAAAAUUAAUAUUAAAAAUGAAUGGUGUAAAAAUAUGUUCUAAUGAUAAUGGGAAAUUUGAAGCUGAUCGCGAAUGCGGAUUUAAAAAGGAUAAAAAGUGUCCUAAACAUCGUCUUUUUGCUGACCGUAACUGGAGAGCUUGUGGUACUGUUAUUACAAGAUUUGGAUAUAAUGUAUCUAACUUUAAAGACUCUAUAACCACCGAAGAUUUUCUAUGUUUAAUGCCAAACGAUGUCUUUAGAUGUGAUCAAGUACAAAGACUUCAAAAUUAUGACUUUGAUAUACUUGACCUUUGCAAAGAUGAUCCGAAUGAUUCUCCUCUUUGGAAAAUUCCUCAAAAUGUGAGAUGUAGCUCGAGAGAUUUUCUUUGUGACGCGAGUGCAUCAAGAAAUCAUUGCUUUGAAACUAAAACCAGAUUUAACAUAUCAGAUUUAUCAUCAGGUUUAUUUGGUUAG